AUGUUGGAGGCGGUGUUCCUCGGACCUGACAGUUUGAAUUUGACUGGUUAUCUUGAAGUAUUUUGGAGAAGAUUGGUGCUGCUCGCCAAAUUACUGGUUAUCUACUUCCGGAUACUGAACAGACUUAUUUAUGAGUUGAAGGUGCCGGCGACUGUGAUGAUGGCACCGAGUGUUUUCCAAAGAACCAAAUCACCGAGAUCUUCGCCAGGAAAUGUACCACGUAAACUUCAGAAUGGUAAAGGAACUACUAACGUGAGCCAAGCUGUAAGCCAAGCAGAGAACACAGCAGACUCCAGCCCGGGCAACUCAAUUUCCGACGCAGAGAACUUCGAAUGCUAUGGAGAAGCUGAUGGAGACACAUCUAGCAAUGCAUUAGAAAAUGGAUCCCGAAGUCCUGGGAAUAAUCUCAAUCGACAUUCAUGGACGAGAACUAGCUUACGACGGACUCCUCCAAGUCAUCAAGAAAACCUGCCACAUCGCAGAUGGGGAUCCAUGAGGCAUUCUGGGAAACGACAAAUCGGUUCCAAUGUCUUAGCAAGCCAAUUGUACCGGUCGUCGUCCUUCAACUCGUCUGGCUGCGGGUCGGGGGGAGAGCCAGCUGACGAUAUGUACUCAGAUGUUUCAUUAGAAGAAGAUGUGCAGGGACUUAACUAUAAGUUGGAAACAUUUGGAGUCAAUAUAACAAUAGCAAGUGAAAACUGCAACGCUCUGACUGUACAAUAA